AUGGCGGAUUCAGUGAGGGAGCACAAAUUGAAGUUGGCCAAUUCUAGAAAGCGGUUCAAAGAAUUGCAAGAACAAAAGAAGAAGAAAGAAGCUGCAGCACAAAAGGUGGAUCAUUCAACAGCAUAUGAUGAUAGGCAGACACCAGCUGACAGUUUGACAAGUUCAGCACAUAGUUCAGUUAAUAAUGACGCACCUCUAGAAACCAUUACCGAUGAUAAAAAUAAUUCUGCACCACUGCCAAAUUAUUUUGCCGAUACAAAUUAUGGAGAUAAUUUCAUGUUUUUUGAUAAUAUUUCAAAGCCAGAAAAAAAAGCAGAUGAAUACAUUCCUAAUAAUGAUUCAAAAUCUUACAAAACUAUUCAAGAUUCCACCUCCUAUGGAAAUAUGCUAUCCAACAUAGUAGACAAUCCAAAAGAUUCCGAGAACCAGACAACCCAAUACAGUGGUAAUUACUCCUUAUUUCCUGAAGAGACUCCACACAAUUAUGUUUAUGAAACACAAAAUAUUUUACAUCCCAAUCAAGAGAGUCCUGAUAACGGUGAUACUUAUCUACUACAUGGUUCAAAUACAAAGCAAGACCAUUCUCUUCAGUAUUCAUCCAGUAACGAUGCUCCAAGUCUGGAUUACCCUGAAAUUAAGCAAAAUGAAAUAUUUGAAAUACACAAUAAUUCCCAGAACCAUAAUAUAUUUUCUUCAGAAACUGGUCGGGAUAUUAUUGAUUGUUUUCAAAGUGACAGCAAGGAUAGUCUAAAUGAAGUAAACAAUUCCGCUAUCAAAAAUGAAAUUGUAGAUAAUUCUAAUAAUGCUCAAGAAGAAAUUAGACAUUCGAGCAUUGAAAGUUUGAAGCAGUUUUCCAAUCAUAUGGCAGAAAUGGUAGAACCUGAGUAUACCAUAACCAGUUCAAUUACAGACCUAGAAAAACGUAACUUGGAAUUAGCUGCUUUAUUAGAGCAAACAAAUUUGGGAUACGAGCAACAAGAAGCGCUAAUAGAAGAACUCAAAUUCAAAAUCAACACAUUGGAAACGGAUGGAAAAAGAACACAGGAAAGUUUGAUUUUACAAUCAGCUACUGAGACUAGUAGGUUAAGAGAAGAAUUGCAAUGUCAUAUCCAAACCGUGGGAUUACUAGUGGCUGAGAAAACAGAGUUAUCAGCAAGCUUAAGUCAACUAGAAAUAACAGCAAAGCAGAAGGUUUCAGAAUGCGAGGAGCUACAAGCUCGUUUGAAAGCUUCCAGGUCAAGAGCAUUUGAAUUAGAGCAAGAAUUGCAAAUUUUGAGAAACGAUAAAAGCAAGAAGGAAACCGUAGGAAUAGAGCAAGGCACAAUUAUUGAAAAACUGAGACAGGAAAGCACGAAUCUUCGGGAGCAAAAAGAAGAACUUCUCCAAGAUCUAUUAGAAGCAAGAGAAAAACUGAAAAAUAGCUCAUUAGAUAAUCUGAACCUUAAAAAACAAAUCCAGGAGGUUUCUAGCAAGCUUUCACUUGCUGAAAUAAAAAUUCAACAAAUAUCCAAUGGCGAGCAACAGCAAUUUGAAAGUCAAGUUGAAAAGUUAACUUUCGAAAAAUUCGAGUUGAUGAAACAACUUUCUAGCCUGAAUUUGAUGUUGAAAACUAUGACGAAUGAACGAGACGAAUCGACUUCGCAUUACCAACAGUAUACGCAAGAAUUGAAUGCUCAAAUGACCAACCUCACUAACCAAAUUCAGCGUUUACAACAAGAAAAUGAGCACCUUUCAAUGCAAGAACAAAACCGUAUAAAACAUAUUGGUGAACUCGAAAGACAGCUACAAAGUUUACAAAAUGAUCAGGUUGCUUUCACAAGAAAUGGGACUAACAAGGAUAUUAACCUGAAAAAUGAGCUUGAGUCUAUCAGAGAACUUAGUGUUCAACUACAGAUAGAGAAAACGACUGCCGAAGAAAAUUACACUCGCACCAUGAACGAAAAGGAAAUGCUCUUGAAAGAACUGGCUGCCAAGAAUGAUUCGCUUGGUCAGCUCGAGAGCAUGGUGGAACAAUUGAGAGGAAACCAACCGGACAGUGUCAAGUUACUUGCGACAAUGGAGAGUGAUAAAGUGGCUGCCGCCAGGGCUGUUCAACAGAAUAAGGAACUAAAGGAGCAAAUGGAUGGAAUGAGAGAAGUGGUUGCAAAAUUGGACAAUGACAAAGUGCAGCUUACUGAGAAGCUAGACUUUGAACAAUCCAGCAAUAAAGAACUUCUUGACAAACUCCAGAAAACUGAACUCCAACUUCAACGGCUCACUGAUGCAAUUGAAAUCAAAGAUCGUGAACUCUCGCACUUGAGAGAAAGCUCCAUGGAACUCAACAAACAAAUAUUGCAACAAGAACAGUUGGCCGAUAGGCUACGGCAUUACGAAGCACACGAUAAUUCAUCUCACGCUCUACAAAACGAUCUCCAAGAAUCUAAACAGACUAUCAUAGAGCUUACAAAUGAAUUGAAUUUAUUGAAAAAAGAGAAAAAUGACGAAGUUAUUGAUAAGAUCACAAGUGAUGUUACUGACGUUAAAAGUUUCGAGAUAAUAGACUUGAGAAAGCAACUAGAUGAAAUGAAACUGCAAAACAACGAACUCCAAUCCAAGCUAGAAAAUCACAGCAUGAUCGAUAACAGUUUCAACGAAAAUGACAGAACCGCCGACAAAGAAGCGAUUAUGAGAUGUCUGGAAGAUAAAGUCAAACAUACAAUGCAAGAUAUAGCUGACCUGACAGAAGAAAAACAAAGGUUGGAACACCUAGUGUUACAGCUGCAAGGGGAAACUGAAACGAUCGGCGAAUAUGUGGCAUUAUAUCAACACCAACGCAUGGUUCUCAAGCAGAAAGUGCUGGAGAAAGAUCAACAGUUCAAGCAGCUGGCCAGCGACAGACAGGAAAUGAAGAAUAAAUUGGAAAAGCUCAAUGUUCUCAUAAAGACCCUGGUUGAUGAAAAGGGUUCCGUUCCUAAGGAGCUUCUCAAACAGCACCAGAGUUUUGUCGAUCACAGUGAUAGUUUCUGCGAAGAACAUUCCAAGAUUCACAAGGAAAUCGGUAAAUUUGAUGGCGGUGAAAGUAUGAAGACGGAUGUAGCAAGUGGUUCUGAAACGGCGGAGGAAAUUUUGACACUUCUCACGGAAAUCAAGUCUAGUAACUUGGUGCAGCCCACCGAGAACUUCCACCAUUGCCCUUGGUGUUCUGGGCAACUCAUCACAGUGUAG